AAAUAAAUAAAGCGCUCAUAUGUUAUGUGAUAUUUCUGGUCAUCAAAUUUUUGUUGUGUGUGUGUUUGGACAUUGACUAUCACUAAAGUAUCCUUAAAAAAAAUUUUAAGACUUUUUAAAAAAAAAAUUGUUUGUUAAUUAUUAUAUGAUUAAUAAAAAUAAUUCAAAGUCUAUACUAACUGCAUGUAAUAUGUAUGUGUGUCUAUGUCUAUGUCUAUGUGUAUAUACAACUGUGUGACAAUGUUUGGUGAGAUCCCAGUCAAUGGGCGGCAACAUUGAGAGAGCUAAUACAUACUGAACAUUGAAGUGCUGGUUGUGUUUAUGUAUAAACUCUAACUCUCUCUCUAUUUUAAUACAUACCGUAUAUCUUGCAUUGAAAAAAAAGCAUAGCCCGUCAUAUCGUGUAUAAUGUAUAUUCCUAGUGCUGCUGUUAUUAUUAUAUCUGCCUGUGCUGUGCUUAUGUUGUGCCUGUGUAGUAGUGCAUAGUUAGUAGUGUUGGUUGUAUAUAUUGAAGGCACUGGUGGUUGUUUUAAUAUUACUGGUGGAUGUUUCCUAAAAUAACUGUGCUCCAUCUCAUCCAUACAAACACAAGAGUUGAUUAAUAUAUAUUUUUUGCAUAAAACUUAUCGAAAAAGACGGGGAAACAAAACAAAUUGAUAUAAUAAUAAUAAUAAUCUUCCGUUUGGUUAUAAUUAUGCUUUUAAGAGACUACUAAUAUCCAGAAAACAUUUGUCGACAACAAUAAUAAUAAUACAAUAACAACAACAACAAAAACCCAAUAGAAAACAGGUGGCAUUUCAACAACAACACAAAAAUCCACCUAUUAUUUUGUAUUAUUACAACUAUUAUCAUCACAUUUUUUGGUAGCACUUUAUUUGCGCGGUGAUAAUUGACGGAAGAGUGGCUACCAUUAAGCACAGAGCAAUGGGGAGGAAAAAGAUUCAAAUCUCUCGCAUCACCGAUGAAAGGAACAGACAGGUCACAUUCACUAAAAGAAAGUUUGGUUUAAUGAAAAAGGCUUACGAGCUGUCGGUUCUCUGUGACUGCGAGAUAGCAUUAAUAAUCUUCAACAGCACCAACAAGUUAUUCCAAUACGCGAGCACCGACAUGGAUAAGGUGCUGCUCAAGUACACCGAGUACAAUGAACCCCAUGAAAGUAGGACAAACAGCGAUAUCGUUGAGGCACUAAACAAGAAGGAACACAAGGGUUCCAAUGGCUGCGACAGUCCCGAACCGGACGACUCCCAGUACACACUGACGCCGAGAACCGAAGCGAAAUACAAUAAAAUCAAUGAAGAGUUUGAGCUAAUGAUGCAGAGGAAUGCCGCACACAUUAAUGGCAAUAGAUCGACGCCGACAUCAGGAUUGACACAAUCUUCCGGAAUAUCACCCAUUCCCGUAACAUUACCCAUGAACUCUUCGCCAUACGGGCCCCAGGAUUCUAGUCUAUUGCAAACCACCCAACUAUCACCUCAUUCUUCAUGUGUCAGUCCCCGACCCAGUUCUUCAAGUAAUGAAUCAGUCGAUUUAAAUGAUUACGCAAUGCUUGAUAUGACAAAUCCGGCCGCAAAUACCAAUGGCUAUCAUCGCUCGUGCUCUCCGUCGGGAAUGUCGGGCAGCAGUUCACCAAAUUUGGUGGUCAACAACAACAAUGUCAAACAGGUUCAUGCGGUCAAAACAUCAAAUGGCACAUCAGGUGUCAAUAAUAAUAAUAAUAAUAAUCGAGGAAUGAGAAUCGUUAUGUCUAAUUCACACAAUAAUUUAUCACCGAGAAAUGGUGUAAUAGGGAAUCCAGCAAUCUCUGUGGCCACUACUAUACCCGGUAUGGCUGGCUAUCCGUCCUCUUUAGGCUCCUUCGGUUCCAAUGAAUUUCAAAUAAAUUCGGAGCUAGCACUGGCCGGUUUUAAUUCACCCGGCAUACUUCAUAACUGGUCUCAACACUCACUUACCGGUUUAACGCAUGGAAGGUAUGGCGCGUCAACGCCCGGCAACGCAGGUCUUCCCCACUUAUCUGUCAGUAGUAGUACACCCCCGCCCUCAUCAUCGCCACUAUCGAUAAAAGUGAAAAGCGAACCAAUAUCGCCGCCGCGUGACGGUUCCCACGGUAAUCUGGGUCCUCUACAGAGGCCACCGUCGAGCACAACCGGUCAUCUAUCGCCGGGACAUCCAUUGACACCAUCGACAUCAUCGUCACCCGACCCAUCCGGCAGUUCCGAUUACGAGGGACCCAUCCAGAAGCGGAUCCGAGUGACGGCCGAUGGAUGGUCUGCUUAACGCUAACCAUACAUACAUACAUACAAACAAACGACACACAAAUUUUCAAAUUGUCGAUCAUUUUUCUUGAAAUUAAGAGAAAAAACUAAAUAAUUAAUAAUUAAUAAUAAUAAUGAAUAU